ACCCUAGCGACUGGCGACUAGAUCGGGCGGCGGCGCGGCCAAAUUCGGCAGCAGCACGGCCACGUCGGGCGGCGGCGCGGCCAAAUCGGCGACAUUGGCGGUUCAGGUUUUCCUGCUCUGUUGUCAUGGCGGCAGCUUCUAGCAACGAUGUCAAGGCACGCAAUGUAGUUGUCAAAUCCGAACCUGCGGAUGUGGAACAUGCCCAGGAUCCGGCGCUCCCAUUUGGUUCGUUCGGAGACGAGGUGGCUGAAGAUGAGCACGGGGAUAGCACGGAGUGCUCGAGCUCGUUUGGGGAUUCUGGCUGUGGUUCUGAUGAUGACACGGAAUCAGAUGCAGGCAUCAUGGAAGUGGAGUCACCCCUUUAUUCUCAGAUCAAUGGACAUGAUACCCCCGCCGUGUCACAUAUUGUCAGAAAGAAAAAGGUGACAUCCGAUUGGAGGAAGUUUAUUGGCCCAGAAAGGUGGCGGUGUCAAUGGUUGGAGCUGCGUAUGAAUGAUCUUUUGUCGCAAGUAGCAAAAUAUGAUAAGGAACUUGCUUUAAUUGAUCGUGAAAAGUAUCUGCAGUUGGAGAUGGUUAAAGCAGAUAGAUGCAAAUCAGAAUUACAGGAGUUAGACCUUCCCAAUUAUGAAAUUAUGAUGAGGAGGAAAAGAAAAAGAUAUGAAGGUAGUACAGACACAUCGGCGUACAUCAAGAAGCAUCAAAUAUUUUCCUAUUACAAUCAUGAAAGCAAAAAGAGUAGAACAGAAAAUGAAAGAAUUGGAGCUGACAAUGAGCCUUUGGUUAUUGAUGACUAUAAUAUCUUAGAUGUUGAGGACAACAAAAGCAGUUUUUGUUCAAAUGAUACAAUGUUAGAAUCAAAGGAAACAAAUGUUGUCCUAGAACAACAUUCUUUGAGAAAAAUUCUUUUGGCAAUUGAAUGUAUCCAAACUCGUAUCAUUGAUCUUCAAAGUGAUCUCAGCGAGGCUUACAAUAAAAUAGGUCAUCCUCAAAAGUCUCAGAAAAAGAAAAAUUCACAUGAUUUGCAUAAAAAGAAGAAUGUAGCUACACCAUAUGGAUAUGGUACAACAGAACAAGAUAAAGAUGAUAUUACUCUUGAGAUGCUAUUUGGUGUAAAUAGUUCUCUACUUGAUCACGAUAUGGAAGGCAUAUGCAAAGAAGGUGUUGAUGAUGUUCUUAUAGACAAUGAGGCAGCUAUUGAAGAAGAUUUUUGGCAGUUUGAGAGGAUUAAGAAGACAACUGAAACAUAUUCAAAGCCAAUUAUAAAUGUAGCUGAAGUCCCAAUUGUGAAGCUUGUAAAGAAAAGAGGGCCAAAGCCAAAGAAGAAACGUGGGAGUGCUAAGCCUAUAGAGGAUCAAAUCAAAAGAUCAAAGAGAAAAAAUAAGGAGACAGGCUUGAACUAUCCAAACACUGGAAAUACUAUGUUUGUAGCUGUGGACACCAGAAAAAGUCAAAGAGUACGGAAAUCUAAAAUUUUUUGAAGCAAAUGAGUUCUAGGGUUGGUGGGGAACUAAAAGUGUCUCAUCCUCGAUAGAGUAAAAUCUAGCAGCAUCUUUUCUUUUUGUUUUCAAUUUUGUGGCUACAAUGAGCUAAUUCUAUUUACUCUUUUGUAGUAAGUUAGCUAGCAAUGGGAAACUAGUAACAUACUCUCAUUAUAUCUAACUGUUUAUGAGUUACCUGUCUAUGAGUUUGGUUGCUCUGACCGACCUGACAGGAAGCAU